AAAACCGUUGUAUUUUUGCCUAGUCCUCUCUUUCUCCCCUUUCCCUGCGAGAACCAAAUUUGUAUCUCUUCCUCUACUUUGACAUUCCUCCUUUCUCCUUCGUUCUUGAAAGCUAGAAGGUUCAUAGCAAUUCAUUUAUGAAACUGAGAAAUGUCCGUCAACUUAGACAGUGAGGAAGAAAAGAUGGAGGUGAAAAACGAAUCGGAAAGGCGCCAGCAUGUGCCGUACAUCCUAAAUGGAGAACUUUAUCGCAUCGAGAAGCAGGUGGGCGAUAAUGUUACGGUCAAGUGUUGUUACUGUCCGCCGGAUCGGAUUUAUAGAGGCAGCGUGCGCUCCACUGGCAAUUUUCACAUGCACAUAAAGAGACGACAUAGUUCUUUGUUGGGAAAACUUCAUGAAAUGAAGGUGGCGGCUCUAGAGGAGCGCCGUGAUCGCAUCAUGAAGAACCGGCGCUUUGGCAAGCCACGCAAAAAGACUCCAGCUCCCACUCCCACUCCAACCACAAAUACAGUCGGUCAAGGCAAAUCGGGAAUUUUCCUCGAUAUUCAAACGUCUCCAGUAGGGAAUGAAAGCCACGAGCUAAAAAUCAAAACGGUGUUUCAGCGCCACAAGCAAGAGCAGGAGGGAGCCACUCGCAAGUCCCCAGAUUCUAUUUUAGAUAACAGUGUCCAAGCUAAUCCACCGUCCACGACUAACAACCGUGGUGUUUUGGUACAGGAUGUGGAGACACUGCCUUCCAGUUCGUCUAGCGCUGCGGCUAGUGUUUCCCUUUUGGGUCGCCCCGUUAAGCCGGAGCAAGCAAUUGGUUCCCCAUUUACUUCCGAUCAUGCUAUCGAUUUGAGUCGGGCUCCUUCUGUGCAGGGUGAAAGCAAAUCCAGCGGCUCGCUGACCUCCUCGAUGGAGGAUGUAUCCAUGGAGUACACGCGCUCCCACGCUCUCUCGCAGUCUUUGUCCUUGGCACAAUUUUUGGAUCAUUCGCAGCGGGACGUCCUGCAGCGCCUGGAGUGCACAAUGACCCAAAUAAGCCAGGAAUUGCACUGCCGUAACCGAAUUGAACAUAACCGAAUGAUGUUGGAGGCGGCCAAGUUCAAGUUUCUGAAUCCGAAUUUUCAAUUUGAGCCCACACUAUAGCGACUUAUUGAAAAUCAAUAUAAUCUUAUCCAAUUUAAAUCAAAUAAAUGUGCCUUAUUGGUGAGCUUCAGAAUCAGGAUUAUUUCAAAACAAAAAAAUGUAAUCUUAAACAGGUUAUGUUUAUGUAUAUUUGUAAAAUUUAAAAACCUGUAUUUAAUAGAACGAAUUAUAUUUUGUAUUUUACAUCUAAUACAAUAAAGUAUCUUAACGCGAAA